AAAGAUGCUCUCCAGCCAAUCCUCCAAGAAAGACUCCUCUUUGAACUGCACUCGCCUGGGAAACUAUGAGACUCCAAUGAGUCACGUCGGGGGGAAUCGCAUGGUUCAAUAUUUAUUUUUCCUUUUUGCUUGACUACCAACGGGUUUUGCCGGUUGGCGAAGGCGAAAUUAGAAACCGGAGCUUCUUGCGCAAUUGAGGAGAAGUUUAUCAGUGAGCCGUGAGCUAGCCGCAGUUGCUAGCUCAGUGUGUUUAAGUGUGUGAGCCAGCCAUUUGUCUCAGUAUGACUACAAGUUAGCAGAGGCAGCGCACUUGUCGUGGCUUUUAUUUUGUGUGUGUCUGUGUGUGUGUGUGUGUGUAUCCGACAUGUUUUUGCGAAAGGACGACGAGCACAAAGCAGCAAACAGCUGGAAGUCGGAGAAGCUGCUCCACUAUGGAUAAAUAACAAACACACAGCUGCUCUGUUGUGCUUGAGAAAGAAAAGCAGUGGAGGAUAACAUCGGCGACUAUGAGCAGGGCAGAACAAAAAGACAGGGUCUUGUCCACAAGCGAAGACCCUCUCCCAUGCAUCCGCAACUCAAAAGCUGACCCGCUGACCCGGAGCAGACCCCUGAGUGAUCUCUAUCCAUUCCAGGGCCACGCCGAGAAGAGUUCAGUGCCAUGUCUGCUGUCCGGAUGUGGUGCCCAGGUGCAGCCGAUGAGUCCUGGUCCUCACUCUGACGAGAGCAGGUUGAAUGGCAUCAACUCCUCUGCCUGGUCCAGCUCGGUUAUAGGUCCGGCCGAAGGAAAACCAUACUCCACGAGAAUUAUGCGGCUUUUUUCUAACUCGCGCAAGGGCCCCGUAACUGCUCACAGUCACACGAUGGACAGUCCAACGUCACCCCAGAGCAGUGAGAUCAGCAGUGCCCCUCAGGCAUGGGCAGGACUUCCAGGGCUUGGUGUUGUGAACUCCUUCAAAAAGCUUAAAUCAUCUGUGCUUCAGGGUAUCCAGAGUAGAGGGGCAGCAAGCCAAGAGGGAGAACACGAUCCUUUACCUCAUCAGGAAUUGUCUAAUGGCACAGUUGGAAACAAUAGUGACCGUGGUGUAGCUGAAGCUGCAGAUCACUUGAAGAAUCCAGAAGGAUGUAGUGUUUCUAAUGGAAAAGGGCAAGCGUUGGCUGUGAUGAGCCAUUAUAGUUCAGAUAUUGAGGACUACGAUGACGAGGACAAUGAUGGAGACGGUCUCACACGCAACUCACGAUUCUCCAGGAGUAUCAGGAGAGCAUAUGGACCAGGACGCAUCUCGUUACUUGACACUGGGAGUGGGAAACAAGUUGGAAGUAAGACAAAUAAUGCUACACAGACCACGCAAAAACCAGAGCAGACCUCUAAGGCCAGUGUCCAAACGGAGAGCAUGAACGAGAACACUAAUGUGAAGGUGCUGAGCAGACUGAGCAUAAGUGCAGAGAACCUCCAUAUAUUUAAGGCAUCUUUCAGACGCAAAGCCACAUCUCCAGGACCUCUUUCCCCACGGGAAGCCCCCCAGGAAAGUAGCAACUCAGACGGCACAACAAACAUCCAAAGGACUGUCAGUGCCUCCUCAGUGGACCUCAGGAGCCACUCUGUCAGCGACAGAAAGAGCUCCAUAAAAACCAAGGCACCGAUGCUGAAGCUGGUCGGCAGCAUGACCGACCUAAGCGGCCGACGCAGGCAAAGCUCCUGUUCCAGCCCCACCUCUCCAUCCCCCAUGUCACCCUUAAGCCGUCUCCAUGACGACUACUCCCGCCGUGUGCCUUGCCUACAAACCGGUGAGCGUCAGCGCCGUCCCUCGCCCACCACAGGCCAGGUCACGGCCGUCGAGCACGCUCCUCUGGUUCAUCACCAGCCUGAAAACGACCCAGAGACGUAUCCUGUAUUUAUCAGCCCCCUUCCCUCGGAGGAGCCAGAGACAACUGAGCAGACUUCAUCAAGUGUCCCUGCUCAGUUUGAGUCACCGGCCGUGACCGCAACAAGUUCAUCAACGCUCUGCCAAAGAGAUCCUUCACCGCAAGAACAGCAAGCAGAAGGCAAACCGCAACCAAAUGAGGUGACUUCAGAGGAACAAGGACAGGAAGCACUUCUCCAAAGAGAGGGAGCCUCUUCAGCAACCAGCAGCACACCUCCUAUCUCCCCAACAUGCCUUUCGGAGUCACCCGUAUCACCCACAUCCCCCACAGAUGCAGCCACGGCGUCCGCGGAGGCACUCCCCGUCAAGCCCAGGCGAAGAAGUGGGCGCCCAAGACCGCGGCCUAUCUCAGACUACGGUCAGCUGCUAUCCAGGAAGCAACCCAUCCCGGAGGAAGGAGCAGAGCUGCAGCCGGAGGAAAGGACCGCGGAUAAAGACGGCAGCGAUAACGACAUAUUUGGAAAUGGAGCGAGCCCUGAAAGCUGCGACAUGAAUGGGGACAUUCGGGGCAGGGGGCAGCGGCCCGUCUCUGUGAUAGGAUCUGAGGAUCUGUUCCCCCCCGAUGCUGAGCUGAAGGACGGCCGCCUUCCUUCGCCUUUGUCUCGACCACCUAUCCCCUCCCACCAAGUGCCCCCCUACAGAGGAGUGUCUGCCAGGUUCCGACCCUCCGCCCUCUCUCAGAGCACCCCCAUCGGACUGGACCGCGUUGGGCGGCGCAAACUCCACAGAGUGCUCAGCGAUGUUACAGAUGGUGUGUCUGAGUGCUCAGGAACGCUCGAUGACAGCGUGAGCGAGGAGGAGGGCAGCUUUGACGAGCUCACAGAUGUCACGCCCUACCUCCAGCCAGGGGUGGAGCUCUCCGUGCUCAACGAGUGGAUAAGCUCUGGCCAUGCGGUGUACGCCGAGGCUCUUUGGGACCAUGUGACCAUGGAGGAGCAGGAGCUGGCCUUCAAGGCUGGAGAUGUUAUCCGCGUCCUGGAUGCCUCACACAAGGACUGGUGGUGGGGCCGGGACGCAGACAGGGAGGCCUGGUUCCCCUCCAGCUUUGUGAGGGUGCGGGUGAACCAGGAGGACUCGAGUGCUGAAAGCGUGGAGAGCGUCGCGGACCAGGAGGAUCCGACUCCGAGGGACACGCACAGCACGCAGCACAAAGAACAGAUGAGAACCAAUGUGGUGCAGGAAAUCAUGAACACUGAACGCAUCUACAUCAAACACCUAAAAGACAUCUGUGAGGGUUACAUCCGUCAGUGCCGCAAACACCCCGACAUGUUCACCGAGCUGCAGCUGAAGACCAUCUUCAGCAACAUUGAAGACAUCUACAAGUUUCAGAGGCAGUUCCUCCGAGACCUGGAGAAGCAGUACAACAAGGACCAGCCACAUCUCAGUGAAAUAGGCUCCUGUUUUCUCUUGCAGGGGGAGGGCUUCUCCAUCUACUCUGAGUACUGCAACACUCAUCCAGCAGCCUGCGCUGAGCUGCAACGCCUCAUGAAGUCGGGGAAAUAUAAACAUUUCUUUGAGGCGUGCCGCCUCCUCCAGCAGAUGAUUGACAUUUCUAUUGCCGGUUUCUUACUCACCCCUGUCCAGAAGAUUUGUAAAUACCCCCUGCAGCUGGGAGAGCUGCUAAAGUACACCCCCAAAGACCACAGCGACCACAGUGGGGUGAGCAAAGCGUAUGAGGCCAUGAAGAACGUGGCAAGCCUCAUAAAUGAGAGGAAGAGACGGCUAGAGAGCAUCGACACCAUCGCUCACUGGCAGGUCGCCAUAUUGCACUGGGAGGGACCUGAUGUUCUGGAGCGCAGCUCGGAGCUGAUCCACUCCGGUGAGCUGACCCGAGUUGUCCGACAAGGCAAAAUGCAACAGCGCAGCUUCUUCCUGUUUGACCACCAGCUGGUCUACUGUAAAAAAGACAUUCUGCGCAGAGACCUGCUGCACUACCGCGGGUGGCUGGACAUGGACCAGACAGACGUGGUGGACGUGCCUGACGGGCGGGACCCAGACCUGGGCCUGACCCUGAAGAACGCCCUGCGUUUGCGCCACGCCUCCACGCUGGAGUUCAUGUGCAUGCUGUGCUGCAGGAAGGCCGAAGACAAGCAGAGGUGGUUGCAGGCCUUUGCCAGGGAGAGGCAGAGAGUCAAGGAGGACCAAGAGAUGGGAAUGGAGAUCAGCGAAGAGCAAAGAAAACAGGCCAUUGUUAAUGCCAGAAGAGCAAAACAGGGAAAAGCCCUUGGUUACUCUGGGUCUGUUCCACCACACCACCAAACCCCACACCAAAACCUUCACCCACUUCACCAGCGACACAUCACCAUUCCAACCAGUGUGCCUCAGCAGCAAGUCUUCUCACUGGCUGAACCCCCAAAACGAAAGCCUUAUCACCUGUUGUACAGCAUCACCCGCAACGCCUUUUUCAGGAAAUGAGCCUCUGCGUGCUCAGUCUUUUUCCGUGUUUUCCUGCCUGUGAAUGUAAUGUACUGUCACCGUUUCUUUCUUGUGCCUCAUGUGUCUUUCAUAAUGUGUAUGUCUUCGUUGCAUGUUGAAUCUCGGUGCCUAGUGUUUGGAAAGGGCAUGACAAAAGUGUUAAAACACCAACUCUGUCCACUUCGUUGGUGAGUUAAAGAUGCUGCUCAGUCAAAUGACGCCCCCCCUCCUUUUGUCUCAUUAUUUCCAGCUGAAGGUUGUUUCUUUUCAUUUUAAUUAUGACAAUGAUGUAUGCUCUGCUUUUACAUUGAAACACGUGGUUUUAGUUUAUUUCAUGAAGGCUGGAACCUUUUUUUUUUGUUGUUGUUGUUUUCUGCGAGUCUGUCAACUCUGAACUCGAAACAGCCAGAGGAUAAAUUAACUGACACAUUCUUUUUCUCUGUUAACACUGUAAAUAAAACGUCUUGUACAAACAUA